AAUAUUAUAAUAUUAAAUAUGACUGACCCAUCUAAAAGGAGGAAAGAGUACAGUGAUUAUCUUGAGAAAGCUAGGGAGUGCGAAGACAGUGAAGACUUCGACCAAGCAUUUUCAUAUUACCUAAAAGCUAGUAACACCCUUCAGCUUUUGUACAAGUACGAAGAGCAUAAUUACAAACUCAAACAAAUUUACAAGGACAAGUUAAGAGAAGUAGUCGAGAGAGCUGAAGAAAUCAAGAAACUCUGAAAGGGAAAGAAGAAGGUUGUCAAAGCUGGCGGCGGUGGCAGCAGAAAAGCUAAGAAAGGAGGCGAUUCUAGUGAUGAAGAGGACAAGGAAGACAAUGAUGAGCUUAGAAAAGGCAUUGAAAAUUCUAUCGUCGGAGAAAACCCUGAUGUACACUGGGACGAUGUAGCCGGACUUGAAGGAGCAAAGAGUGCACUUAAAGAAGCAGUCAUCCUGCCCACUAGAUAUCCACAGCUGUUUGAAGGAGAGAGAAAGCCAUGGACUGGUAUUCUGCUGUAUGGCCCUCCAGGUACCGGAAAGAGCUUCUUAGCGAAGGCUUGUGCAACUGAAGCUAAAGGUACUUUCUUCUCAGUGAAAUCAUCGGAUUUAUUAUCUAAAUUCUUGGGAGAUACUGAAAAGCAAGUCAAAAAUUUGUUCGAAAUUGCCAGAGAAAGAAACCCCUCCAUCAUCUUCAUCGAUGAGAUCGACUCCAUCUGCGGAGCCAGAGGUGAAGGAGAACAUGAAACUAUGAGAAGAGUCAAAACCGAGAUCCUUGUUCAGAUGCAAGGAGUCGGCUCAGACAACAAGAACGUGCUAGUGCUAGGCGCCACCAACCUGCCAUGGGAAAUCGACCCGGCCGUCAGGAGAAGGUUCGAAAGAAGGAUUUACAUUUCACUGCCAGACGAGUACUCGAGGAAGGAGAUUGUUCGUCAUCACCUUGGGAAGACUCCUCACGAUCUAACUGAAGAAGACCUUGAGGAAAUCGCUACAGAGACUGAUGGUUUUUCAGGAUCAGAUUUGUCUACUUUGACCAAGGAUGCUAUUAUGUCUCCAUUAAGAAAAUGUCAAGACGCUACUAGAUUUGUCAAGACCCCAAGUGGCACUUUUGUUCCUACUUAUGCGUCAGAUCCAAGAGGACAAGAUAUGGCAAUGAUGGAUAUUGAGCCAGCCCUACUUGAAGCACCUAAAAUCUGUCUUGAUGAUUUCCAUAAUGCACUUGUUAAGACUAAGGCAACAGUUGCACAGGAUGAUCUUGAGAAAUAUGUAAAAUGGACAGAAGAGUUUGGUCAGGAUGGAUAAUUGUUUAAUAAUAAAUUAGUGCUAA